AAGAUCUUUGCAGACCUCGUUGCGUAUUCGAUACCCCUCCUUUUUCAAAUCGACUGCUGCCAUUGCGACAUCCCGCGUCAUCGGCUUCCCUGACCCAAAGUAACCUCGCAUCUCGCAUCACACAACCGCUGACGAUGGCGACACAAUCUCCUCGCAAGAAGUGCGGCGUUCUUGGCUGCACUGGCUCCGUCGGCCAGCGCUUCAUCCUCCUCCUGCAAGGCCACCCAACACUCCACCUCCACGCCAUCGGCGCCUCGUCUCGCUCCGCCGGGAAGAAGUACAAGGAUGCCGUCCGGUGGAAGCAGGCCUCACCAAUGGGCGAGGUUGCCGACUUGGUCGUGAGGGAGUGUCGGCCGGAGGAGUUCGCGGACUGCGACGUGGUGUUUAGCGGCCUCGAUUCCGAUGUCGCCGGCGACAUUGAAAUGGCCUUCCUCAAGGCCGAAAUCCCCGUCUUCUCCAACGCCAAAAAUUACCGCCGCGACCCCCUCGUCCCGCUCGUCGUCCCGACCGUCAACUUGCCUCACCUCGACCUGAUCCCGCACCAGCGCUCCGUCCACGGCCUGUCCAAGGGCUUCCUCGUCUGCAACUCCAACUGCGCCGUCAUCGGCCUCGUCAUCCCCUUCGCCGCCCUGCAGGCCGCCUUUGGUCCCAUCUCCGAAGUCAGCAUCGUCACCAUGCAGGCCGUUUCCGGCGCCGGAUACCCGGGCGUCUCCAGCAUGGACAUCAUGGACAACGUCGUGCCCUUCAUUUCGGGCGAGGAGGACAAGCUCGAGACGGAGGCGAGGAAGAUUCUCGGCGGCAUCGACGACGCCCGCACGGCCUUCAUCGAGCAGGAGUCCCUUCGCGUCUCGGCCUCGUGCAACCGCGUCCCCGUCAUGGACGGCCACACGGCCUGCGUCAGCCUCAAGUUUGCGCGCCAGCCGCCGCCGUCGCCCGAGGAGUGCAAAGCCGCGCUGAGGGCGUACGUCUCCGAGGCGCAGAAGCUUGGGUGCCCGUCUGCGCCGAACCCGCCCAUCAAGGUGUUUGACGAGGAUGACCGGCCGCAGCCCCGUCUGGAUCGCGACUUGGGCAGGGGAUACACCGUCAGCGUGGGCAGGGUGCGGGCCGACGACAGCGGGCUCUUUGACUUGAAGUUUGUUGCGCUGAGCCACAACACGGUUAUUGGAGCGGCUGGCUCAUCGAUAUUGAACGCGGAGGCUGCCAUCCUCAAGGGCUACAUCUAG